GGGGGAGGUUCCGCCCCACGUGCGCGCGGCCCGCCGAGACUAGGAGCCGUGGGGAGUGCGCUGGCUGCACCAUGCCUCCUUUGGAGGCUAUCCGGUACACCCGGGGUUCUCUGCAGAUCCUCGACCAGCUGCUGCUGCCCCAGCAAUGCCACUACGAGGGGGUGGCCUCGGUGCGCCAGGCCUGGGAGGCCAUCCACGCCAUGAAGGUGGGGCGCCGCGGCAGGGCUGGGAGUGGAGUUUGCCCGCGCCUAGCGCCCCUGACGCCCGCCUCACUCUCCUCCAGGUGCGCGGCGCUCCCGCAAUUGCCCUCGUGGGCUGCCUCAGCCUGGCAGUGGAGCUGCAGGCCGGCGCCGGGGGUCCGGGACUCGCCGCGCUCGUGGCCUUCGUGCGCGACGCGCUGAGCUUUUUGGUCACCGCCCGACCCACUGCCGUCAACAUGGCCCGCGCUGCCCGCGACCUGGCCGACGUCGCUGCCCAGGAAGCGGAGCAGGAGGGUGCCACAGAGGAGGCAGUCCGGGAGAGAGUGAUCUGCUAUGCUGAGGACAUGCUGGAGAAGGACCUCAGGGACAAUCGGAGAAUUGGGGACCUGGGAGCUCACCACCUCCUGGAGCGGGCAGCCCCAGAGGGCAGCAAGGUGACCGUGCUGACCCACUGUAACACCGGUGCAUUGGCCACUGCUGGCUACGGCACAGCCCUGGGUGUGAUUCGCUCGCUGCACAACCUUGGCCGCCUGAAACAUGUUUUCUGCACAGAGACUCGGCCCUACAACCAGGGGGCCCGGCUGACAGCCUUCGAGCUGGUCUAUGAGCAGAUUCCUGCCACCCUCAUCGCUGACAGCAUGGCAGCAGCCGCCAUGGCCCACCGAGACGUGUCAGCUGUCAUCGUGGGAGCUGACCGUGUGGUUGCCAACGGUGACACAGCCAACAAGGUGGGCACCUAUCAACUGGCCAUCGCUGCCAAGCACCAUGGCAUCCCCUUCUAUGUAGCUGCCCCCAGCUCCUCAUGCGACCUUGGUCUGGAGACAGGCCAGCAGAUUGUCAUUGAGGAGCGCGCAGGCCGGGAGCUGACCGAUGUCAACGGGGUCAGGAUUGCAGCACCAGGAAUUGAGGUUUGGAAUCCUGCCUUCGAUGUCACCCCCCAUGACCUCAUCACUGGCGGCAUCAUUACAGAGCUGGGCGUCUUUGCCCCCAGAGAGCUCCGGACAGCCCUAAGCACCACCAUCUCCUGAGGGUGGAGAACCUAGAUGAACCCCAGAAGUAACCAACCUGGAUCUCCAUGCCCAUAAAACUCCCUGAUGGCCUGCCCCAAAGCUGACCGUCUUCCCCUAACCACAGUUUUUGCUAGAGCAGGGAUAGUGGACAGGGCCUUGGCUUGGCUCUUAAAAGCCCAGCAGCUGGAGCUAGGGUAUCCAAGUUCAUAUCCCAUCUCUGCCACUUUUUCUGCUGUGGAUCUUGGCCAAAUCAUUUCACCCCUCCCUGCUCUGGUUUCCUCGUUUAUAAUGUGGAUAAUACUAGUACCGCCCUCUUAGGUUGCUCUCAGGACUGGAACUACAGUGGCACCUCAGGUGCAAAAUUUUAAAGGAGAUACCAAAAGGCUCAGUAACCAAGAUAGAGAAUAGUUUCAUGCAGUAUUAUUAAAAAUCAAAAUUAGUGCAAAAACAAAUCCAUGAAGAACAAAAUACCAAGAUGAAUGAGAGAAUGGAACCCUGUAUUUGCAUACCUUGACCUUACCUCACUUCUGAUACGAGUCCUUGUUCCAAUUAAACUUCAUUUACAACAUCAGGAUACCAGUGUACAGGCAGCAGUUUCACAACUUUUUUUAAAAUAGUAAUUUUUUUCCUUUUUAUUGAAUUUUUGGGGGUGACUAUAAAAUUAUACAGGUUUCAGGUGCUUGAUUCCACAACACAUCAUCUGUAUACUGUACUGUGUGUUCACCACGCCAAGUCUCCUUCCAUUACCACUUAUCCCCCCAAAACCACCUUCACCUCCCCCCGCUAAUAUAUUAUUUUUAAAUGUUGAGCCCAGGUCGGGUAGCCCUGUUGGUUGGACUAGGGUUGCAAGUUCAAUCCCUGGUCAGGGCACAUACAAAACUCAACCAGUAAGUGCAUCAGUGAUCAAGCAAGAAAAAUCGAUGUUUCUCUCUUUCUC